GUGUAGAAGUACAAUAUUGGGUCCAGUGGCACAUAUUGGAGGAAUUUGAAGUGCAGUUUGGAGAAACUUGCAUAUAAUGAAUUAAAACUGACAGAGAGAUGUGUGUUCCACAUUUACUUUGUGUCUAUAGUGUUGUCACGAUCUAGAUUUCGACGACUCGGCCGUGCCCCUGACUGAGAUCAGUGGUAUAGAAUUACGACUCGGCUUCUAUGAACCUGGCGGCAGCUCGAGUGUAGUCCGCUCACCCACAGGGAUGGCGCUGAAUGUCGUGGGCCUCAUCGUCAUCAUCUUGUUCUACCUCCUGAUAUUGGUGGUGGGUGUGGUCGCGGCAUGGAAGAUCAAGGUCAAGGGUCAGCAGGAAGGGAGAUCACUGGAAGCAACUCUUGUGGCAGGGAGAGACUUGCCCACAGUCGUGGGUGUGUUUACAAUGAUUGCAACAACGGUUGGAGGUGGCUACAUCAACGGCACGGCAGAGUCGGUGGCAAGCUAUGGGCUGAUCUGGACGGUUGCUCCCCUCGGCAUCUUCUGUGGCCUUUCUCUGGGGGGCGUCAUCUUUGCCCGUGUUAUGCGAGAUCAGAAGUAUGUGACGAUGCUGGAUCCGUUUCAGGUGCAAUACGGGCACCUGCAGGUGCUGCUUGUGUACCUCGCCACACUGUGUGGAGAUCUCUUCUGGACGGCGUCCAUACUGUCUGCCUUAGGGACAAGUCUGAGUGUCAUCAUAGACUUGCCGCUGACAGCAACCAUCUGGGUGUCAUCAGCAGUCGCGGUCGGCUACACUAUGUUUGGUCAGCUCAUCGCCGUCGCCUACACAGACAUAGCUCAACUAGCACUCAUCACAUUUGGCCUGGUGCUGUCUGUGCCAUUUGUUUUGACCAAUGAAAAUGUUGGAGACAUUACAGCCAAUUCUAGCCAAUGGAUGGGCAGCUUAGACAAGACAAGCUGUCUCACAUGGGUUGAUUUGUUCCUUGCAAUGACCUUCGGCACAAUCCCAUGGCAGGCCUAUUUCCAGCGUGUCCUGGCUGUCCGCAGUGGGGCCCAGGCACGUGUAUUGUCCAUCGUUGGAGGCUGUGGUGCCCUGGUCCUUGUCAUUCCCUCCAUCCUGAUCGGAGCCGCAUCAGUCUCUGCAGACUGGAAUGCCACUUCCCUGGAAGCGUCACCGUUGGCAACAGGAGAGUCAAGGAUGGUGCUGCCGCUGGUGCUGAAGGAGUUCACGCCGACGCCGGUGGCGCUGUUAGGCCUUGGUGCGAUAUCGGCGGCAGUGAUGUCGUCAAUGGACAGCUCCAUCCUGGGUUCCAGCAGCAUGUUCACCCACAACAUCUACAACAACAUCUUGAGGCCGCAGGCCAAGAACUGGGAGCUGUUGGUGGUCCAGCGUGUUGCCGUGGUUACAGUAGGCGUGUUGGCCACAGUUAUCUCCCUUCACGUGCGGAUCAUCUAUGGACUGUUUAUCCUGGCAGCUGACAUUGUGUUCGUGAUUGUGUUACCACAGCUGUCAUGUGCACUCUUCCUCCCUCGCACCAACGCCUACGGUGCCCUCAUCGGCUACAUGGUGGGGCUGUUCCUCCGUCUUGGUGCUGGCGACAAAGAUCUUCAUCUGACGCCAUUUAUUCCAUACCCAUAUUACACACCAGCUCAUGGACAGCUGUUUCCGUUCAGAACCUUUGCCAUGAUCUGUUCUGCUUUGACUAUUUUCAUUGUGUCGGAAGUGUUCCGGAGUUUGUUCUGUUUGGAUAUUAUACCCAGGAAGCUGGAUGUACUGAAAGCAUUUAGCCUACGAACCUCCUUCGUGCCAACGCAGAGCUCCACAGAACAGAGUAUCGCUCUGGUGGGCCAAAGUGCAGAACAGGUCUUACCAUCUCAGAUGGAGCAGAGUAACUGUGUUAGGAGGGCAGAAGUUGGUGACUUAUAGCUUCCUGGUGUUAAUGGUGACCUAAACCAUGUGUGACUGGAAUAUAUUCCUCUUUUAUUCCAUCUUUCAGUAGAUAUGCUUCUGUUUUACAAUGUGACUGGGUCAUAUGCUUGGGUUAUGCCAUGUGUGACAGGGUUGUAUGCUUGUGUUAUACUGCCUGUGACAGGGUUUUAUCAUGCUUGUGUUAUGCCAAGUGUGACUGUGUCAUAUGCUUGUGUUAUGCCAUGUUUGACUUGGUUGUAUGCUUGUGUUAUGCCAUGUUUGACUUGGUUGUAUGCUUGUGUUAUGUCAUGUGUUACUGUGUUGUAUGAUUGUGUUAUGCCAUGUGUGACUGUUGUAUGCUUGUGUUAUUCCAUAUGUGACUGGGUCAUAUUCUUGUGUUGUGCCAUGUGUCACUGUGUUUUAUGUUUGUGUUAUGCCAUGUGUGACUGUGUUGUAUGCUUGUGUUAUGCCAUGUGUGACUGGGUUGUAUGCUUGUGUUAUACCAUGUGUGACUGUGUUGUAUGCUUGUGUUAUGCCAUGUGUGACUGGGUUGUAUGCUUGUGUUAUGCCAUGUGUGACUGGGUUGUAUGCUUGCCAUGUGUGACUGGGUGUUAUGUGUGACUGGGUUGUAUGCUUGUGUUAUGCCAUGUGUGACUGCGUGAUACGCUUGUGUUAUGCCAUGUGUGAGUGGGUUGUAUGAUUGUGUUGUACUAUGUGUGAGUGGGUUGCAUGAUUGUUAUAUCGUAUCUAUUUGUUGUAUAUUUCUGUUAUAUUUUAAGACAUCAGCUAUAUGCUUGAUAUUCUGUGUAUGUUAUGUACAUGUUUACGCCAUGACCUACCAUAUCUCUGUUUCAUGCUGUUUGUUUUACUGUGGGUUUUUUAGUGGCAUUUGAGAAGUUGGGAAGUACAAUAUAGAACAAACUCUAUGGAUAACAACUACUUUUAUUCAUGAGUGUGACGUUUCGAUAAAGAUUCUUGUACCGUUGUCAAGCAGGGUGUCAUCUGUAUCGAAACGUCGCACUCACCAAUAAAAGAAGUUGUUAUCCAUAUGGUUUGAUCUAUUAUGUUAUAGAGUUUGAUCUAUUAUGUUAUAGAGUUUGAUCUAUUAUGUUAUAGAGUUUGAUCUAUUAUGUUAUAUUGUGUGUAUGUUAUGUUCAGUGCGAGGAAGCAAACACGGAACAUGUAGUGUACUUAUCAGCUAAACACUGCUCCAGUCUGUCCUGUGAUUGUAUACGCUCUGAUGGAACCAGUCACAAUUACUGUUCACAGACAUUUAUUGUGCAAGCUGUAAAUUGUUUUUACAGUAUCUCUCAAAAUUGCAAAUCUUUUUGAAUUAUUUUUUGAUUAUCUCAAAAUAUUUGGAAUAAAGCAAGGAAGCUGAUUUUCAAUAUAGAAGUGAGAAGUGUGCAAGAGGACAUGGCCAUCACAAGGCCACGUGUGGAGUUUAAGUUGGCAAUGUCACAAUGUUUUAAGGUGUGUAACGCUGAAGACCCGGGUUCGAAUCCCCACAUGGGUACAAUGAGGGAAGCCCAUUUCUGGUGUCCCCCGCCGUGAUAUUGCUGGAAUAUUGCUAAAAGCGGCGUAAAACCGAACUCAGUCAGUCAGUCAGUGUAAGGUGUGUCGUGACAUGGUGUGGAGACAGGUGCUCCCUUGCCACUGAUACUGUGCCAGCAUGUUACUGUGCCAGCAUGUACCGGCACCGAAGUAUUGGUAUGGCAUGGGAUACACAUAAAGGAUGAUAACUUCUGGGUGUCAACUUCUGUAAAAUGAGGGUUUUGUUUGGCUGUUGUUUAACGCCAAACACAGCAAUAUUCCAGCUAGUGGCGGUCUGUAAAUAAUUGAGUCUGGACAAUCCAGUGAUCAACAGCAUGAGCAUCGAUCUACACAAAUA